AGGUGUCUCGGGUGCAAAACACCAGAUCAACUGUGGUACAUAGCAGUCUGACUACAUCUCUUUUCGUGGUAAUGACUGGGGAAGAGUUAGCUUCUACUUGGUGUGUGAAACGGGUUUACAAUUCUAAGGCCUCUCCAACUUGAAUACGAGAAAUAUCAUGGACCAAAAUGACUGGAGAGGAAAACAUGAAUAAUCCACAAUCUACAAAAAGGUCUCGGUCCAGUGUGUGGAUAACGCUGAUGGAUUUCCUGGUGUGGUCGUCUGGGAAAAGAGUACCUUCCCGCGUUCUUCAACACAAGAUGCUAUUGAAGAGACGUCUUCUGGAGAAGUAUGGGGCUCCAGUUCUGUUAGACCUUUCCAGAGGCCACAUUAUGAUACUGAGGCAAAUUCUAUGGAUCAACAGAGGCUUUAAGCAAAUCACUACCAGUUUGAGAAGGAUGAACAGAAGCGCAGAGUAUAGACUGGAAACCCCAAAGUCAAAGUGGGAAACACCUCCCAAGGUGGUAGAGAACGAGCGAGCCAAGAUCCUGUGGGACUUCCAGAUACAGACAGACAGAAUGGUAAUGGCGAACCAACCAGACAUUGUGGUGGUGGACAAAGAGCAGAGUAAAGUCGUAGUGGUGGAUGUGGCAAUACCAAGCGAUGGCAACAUCAGGAAAAAGGAACAUGAGAAACUAGAGAAAUACCAAGGGCUCAGAGAAGAACUGGAGAAGGCUUGGAAGGUGAAGGCCACAGUGGUGGUGAUUGGAGCACUGGGGGUUGUGACCCCCAAUCUGGAGGAGUGGCUACGACAUCCCUGGAAAAACAUUCGACAUCUCAGUCCAGAAAAGUGCAGUCCUAGGAACAGCAAGGAUACUGCGCAGAACCCUCAAGCUCCCUGGCCUCUGGUAGAGGACCCGAGCUUGGAAAGUGGAUGAGACCACCCGCGGAGGGUGAGAAUAGAGUGUGUGUGUGUGUAUAUAUAUAUAUAUAUAUAUAUUUUUUUUUAAAUUUUAUUAGCUUUGACUUUUGAGUUCUAUAUAUUUAGAAAUUUCUAGUAUUAUUAUACUUAAACUCAAAUUAAUUUAUUUUAUCAAAAUGUUACCAACUUUUACUUCUAUAUAUUUCGGAAUCUCUAGCGUUUCCUUUAUGUUUGAAGACUGUCCGUUGACAGAUGACUUUUUAAAGCUUUAAUGUAUCUUCUCAGUAAUUUUUUUUUUAGCCUUUGGUAGGGGGGGGGGUAUCUGUAAAGCAUCGAUUGAUUGAUUAAAGGCCAUAUGCCUGUCUGGUGCAAUCACUAAGUGAAAACUAACUGUUCAACAGUUGAACACAUUUAUUUCACAGAAUGCAUAAGUUGAAGCUAUUUUAUUUUAUUUAAAUAAAAAAAAAUUCUGCAUUUCAGUUUAAAACUUGUUGACAGGGUAAAGAGAAUGUUGGGUAGGAAAUCAUCAGGUCAUAAACAUAAUGACCUCAAAACUGAAAUAAAGUCUAAAAAGAUGAAAAGCA